AUGGGGCCUCCCAAGCCUGGCUCCGUGUCGUCUACAGCCAACCGCUGGACGGCGGGAGCUGCCGCGGGAAUCGUUCCUUCUCGGAGCAACCGCAUCCCAUCACUCGGAAGUGACAGGCGACGGCUCGGCAAGCACCUGCCCCGCAUCGUAUCGGGAGACCAGGGCUGGGAUGGCGACGACCGCAGACCGAGCAUGUCUCGCGUUCCUUCAUCAUCUCGCAGUCGAAGAACCUCGAUGAACUCAAUGGCACCCACCACCGAGUCGGUCGAGGAGAACACGCCGCCUCGGAGCAGGACGCUCUCCACUUCCACCGUGGUCGAGUACCCAUCGCCGCCCUCCUCGUACGCUCCCUCAGAGCGUGCACCGAGCACGUACGCGCCUUCUGAACGUGCUAUCAGCUACGCCACGUCCGAGGAGCGCCAACCUCUGUCGCCUGCCUUGCAGAACCAGGAGCGCGCUGGGCGGCCCCCAACGACGCCACGAAAGCAGUCAUCGAAGACCGGGCUCAAUUUCAUUACGCCGCGCGCUGAGGUUCAAGGUGUGGAGAUGAAGGGCCUCAUGAGCGCCGUCGGGGCGGCAUCUGCUCGCGCCGCCGACACAUCCUCCAAGGACGCUGCAACUGGAAUGCCGAACCGCCUGCGCCUGUCUUCUCGUCUGCCGCUCGCCGCCUCGUCUGCGGCCAUGGCGCCUGCUCCGCUGCCUUCGCGCCGCCUGGCUCUCCAGAACAACAACUGGAUGGAUAGAACACGCCACGAGCUCGCCGCAUACGAGUAUCUCUGCCACGUCGGUGAGGCACAGCAGUGGAUUGAAGGCUGCCUCGACGAGGAGCUUGGCUUCGGCGUCACCGAAAUGGAGCAAGGCCUACGCGACGGCGUCGUGCUGGCCAAGCUCGCGCGCGUGUUCCAGGGCGAGGAGAUUGUGAAGCGUAUUUGGACGGAGGCCAAGCAUCGCUUCCGCCAGAGCGACAACAUCAACUACUUCAUCAACUUCCUGCGCACUGUCGGCAUGCCGGACACGUUCGUGUUCGAGCUUACUGACCUAUACAAUGCCAAGAACAUCCCCAAGGUCAUCUUCAGCAUUCACGUGCUCAGCCACCUGCUCGCGCGCCUGGGUCGAGCCGAGCGCAUGAAUAACCUCGUGGGCCAGUUCCAGUUUACCGACGAGCAGCUGGCGGCUACCGAGAAGGGUAUCAAGGGCAUCGCCAUGCCAAAUUUCGGACAGGUCGGCCAGAGUCUCGCUCAAGAGGCGAGCUGGGAGGAGCCUGAACCAGAGGAGGAGGAGGAGACUGAGGAUGAGAAACGCGACCGUGAGCUGCUCGAGUGUGAAGGCUCGAUUCGCAAGCUGCAGUGCCACCUCCGCGGUGUCCUCGCGCGUCAGCGUGACUCGCGUAAGAAGGCUCAGCUCAAGCUCGCCGCCCCGAUCAUUGCUCGUAUUCAGGCGCAAGCUCGUGGUCAGAUGUCCCGCAAGGCUGCUGCCUCGCAGAAUCGGACUCACCGCCAGCUCGGCGUCUGGGCUACAAAGCUGCAGGCUGUCGCUCGGGCUCACAUGGCGCAGCGGAGCUGGACUGCCUAUGUGGCGCAAGUGAAGCGCUGCGAGCUCCCGAUAAUCCGCGUGCAGGCGGCUGCACGGGGAAAGCUCGCACGCAUGCGUCGCGCCAACUUCAAAAAGGAGCUCGCGCGCCGACGCCACGCCUUUGAAGCGUUGCAGUCCCACGGUCGUGGCCAGCUUGUCCGCCGCGGGUUCAAACAGAACAAGGCGGCUGUCCAUCAUCCAAGCACCGUCAAGAUGGCCACUGCCAUUCAGGCUCUACUGCGUGGACGUCUUUCCCGCGCGAAGAUUGCCAAAGAGCAGAAGGUGGUGCUGGCUCACACUUCCACCUUCGUAUCGCUACAGAGCCACCUGCGCGGUGCCCUCGUUCGCCGACAGCAGCGCGCUCGCGAGAAGAAGAUGGACGACGCCACCGACUACAUCGUCGCCAUUCAGGCCACUGCCCGUGGCGUGAUCGCCCGUCGGCGCAAGCAGGUGUUCACCAAGGAGGCGGUCAAGCUCACCACUUCCAUCUCGUCUUUGCAGGCCCUCGCACGCGGCCGCCUUGCCAAGCGCCAGCAUGACAAUAUGCAGAAGGCGCUUGCGAAGGUGGAGGUGGCGGGCUCGGUCGGUGGCCUCCAGGCCUUCCUCCGCACCAAGCUCGCAAAGCACAAGACGGUGGAGCAGAAGAAGAAGCUCGAGUUUGUGCAGCCCGACGUCAUUGGCUUCCAGGCUGUCGCUCGCGGGUUCCUCGCCCGCCGCGAGUACCGCGAGUGGCGCGACUACCUGGUCGAGCCCUACACGCAAGGAGCCCUAGUCUUCCUGCAGUCGCUCAUCCGCGGCUACCUCUGCCGUCGCAGGUUCUGGAUGCGCCACCUGUAUCUUUACCAAAACCAGGACAAGAUCACCAAGGUACAGGCCAUGUGGCGCGGCCGCACGCAGCGGCAGAUGUACCAGCGCCUUAUUACCGGCGGUGGCGUGGACGUCCCUACGAUCCAGCACUACAUGCACCUGCUCGACGACACUGAGAACGACUUCCGCGACCAGCUCCGCAUCGACACCUUGCGCAAGGAGGUCAUUGAGCUCGUCCGCACAAACCAGACGCUCGACACCGAAGUCAAGGAGCUGGACACGAAGAUUGCGCUUAUUCUCAAGAACAAGAUGUCGUUUGAGGAUUUGGCCCGCGCGAAACGCAGGCGUGGCGGCGAAGAGGAGGUAUUCCACAACCCCAGCGGCGGCGACCCCUUUGUCAGCGUGCACCUCGACCGCGCGAGUCAGCGCAAGCUCGAGCUGUAUGAGCACCUUUUCUUUACGCUCCAGACCCAGCCACAGUACAUCUCCCGGUUGCUCUGGACGCUUGGGGGAGACGAGUCACUCGAGAAGGACUGCCGACUCGUCGAGGCCGUCACGCUCAUUCUCUUUGGGUUCGGGCACGACAGGCGCGAGGAGUACCUCUUCCACAAGCUGUGCCAGAUCAGCAUGCACGAGCAGGUCCUCCGCUCGCGCUCGCUUGAGGAUCUCGCCAACACGCGCUUCACGAUCACACCGGUCGUGAUGCAGUAUACCAAGCCCGCUCUCAAGCCGUUCCUGCACAACGCCCUGGCUGCGCACAUCAACCGCAUUAUUUCGUCAGAUGAGCUUGAUCUGUCCACGGACCCUGUUGAUCUGUACAACCGGCUCAUCAAUGCCGACGAGGCGUUGACGGGCAUACGGAGCCCACUUCCUCGCGACCUCACGGCGGACCAGAUUCUCCAGACCCAUGCGGAGACGCGCACCAUCUACAUUCACCACCUCCAGGAGCUUCGUGCGCUCACCGACUUCAUUGCGAAGGAGAUCAUGGCGUCGACCGCUGCCAUGCCGUACACCAUCCGCUUGCUCGCUCGCGAGGCACUCUUCGCGCUCCGUGUGCGUUACAGCGACCACAACGACUCGGAGCUGUGGCCCAUCGUCGCGAAGGCCGUCAUCAUGCCGUUCGUCCUUCCUGCCCUCGUGGCACCGGAGACGUACGACAUUGUAGAAAGCGUCAACCCAGUGCAGCGACGCAACCUGUCGCACAUCGCGACGCUACUUGGCUAUGUGGCCGGCCAAGACUAUGCCAAGCGCGAUCGCCUCGUGCAGGUCCCGCUCAACGAGUACAUCCGAGCUGAGGGCUACAACAUGGGCGAUUGGAUACUCGAUGUCGCCGAGGUCGACUUCCAGGUGCAGGACUUGCUCGAGUCGACGACCGAGGCAACGCCGAUCUCCAUCACACGCAACGACAUCUAUGGUCUUCUGGGUAUUCUGAUCCGCAACUCUGCCAGUCUGACGGCCAACAACAAGAACGACCCAAUUCGGAGUGUUCUUGACGAGCUUGAGGGACCUCCCUUGGACUAUGAUAAGAGUAACAAGACGGUGCGCGUGCACCUUACCAACCGUCUUGCGCAGUUGCAACCAACAGACCCCGAGGCUGCGCGGUUACGCGAGCUCGAGGUCCAGGCUAAGCGGCAUGUUCUCGCCGUCCUUCGCAUCCAAACGGGCAAGAACCUCUUCGAGGUGCUCAUCACACACCCCAAUGCCGCGGACGAGCAGCGGUGGAUUGAAGAGGUCCAUCGCGACAUUGCACUGGAGAAGGCGCGUCUUGCUCGUCAUGACCUCCCGCCCACCCCAGUGGAGGCAGAGUACCAGCUCGAGAGCAUCCGCUCGCUCCCAUUCCAUGAGGUCAAGGCGCGCGCGGUCGAGUUCUGUAUGGCGCUCGCGGACGCUGGCAGGUUGUCGCGUGAUGACCAUUUCCAGGGCCUGCUGGUGUCGAUCGCCGGUGACAUCCGCGAAAAGCACCGCUUGCGUCAGAAACGCAAGGUCGAUCUACGUGCCAUGUCAGACGCGCACGCCAACCUCUCAGACAAGCGGCAAAAGUUCGAGGAACAGAUCCAGAGCUACCACGACUACAUCGACACCUCGAUGGCCAACCUACAGCAGAAGAAGAAGACGCCGUUCAUGUCACGGCAGUACUGGCACCAGCGGAAGCACAAGAAGGAGAAGUUUGGCUCAUACGCGUACACAGCCAAGGUGCUAUACGAGCGCGGCAUUCUGCUGAGUGUCAACCAAUUCAGCCCGCGCCAGUUCGACCAGAUCGACAUUGUCAUCUCGUCCAACGCUGUUGGCGUGUUCAGCCUCGAGAUGCGCUUGCCCACGGGUGGAGAAGACCUGCCACGAGAGGAGCUGCGCAUGGAGGAUCUCCUACAGGCGCAGUUCGACAACAACGUCCGCCUCGACCUGUUUGACGGCAUGGCCGCAUUUAACCUUACCACACUAAUCCACCAAAUUAACAAGAGUGAGUUGCUGCAAUCGCAAAGAAUCCAGCUAAUGAGCAGAGUUCUACGCCUCCUAGAUGACCAGAUUAUGAUUGUAUUAGUAUCGAGGCUGUUACUGUACUCUUGCAUGCACCGAUAUCAAAACAACAGGGGAUUACAGGUAGUAUUAGGUCGGCCGGUCAGGCCUUGA